AUGAAUAUUUUGAAAGUGGGUAUUGAAGGAUGUUGUCAUGGUGAAUUAAACAGAAUCUAUAGUAAUAUAUCCAAAGAUGUAGAUUUGUUAUUAAUAUGUGGAGAUUUUCAAGCUAUUCGAAAUAGUGCUGAUUUUCAAGCAUUGAGCGUGCCAAAGAAAUAUCAAAGAUUAGGCGAUUUUCAAGAUUAUUAUACAGGGAAGCGUAAGGCACCCGUAUUGACUAUUUUCAUUGGCGGCAAUCAUGAGUCGUCGCUGUAUCUACAAGAACUUAAAUAUGGAGGAUGGGUAGCUCCUUCUAUUUAUUACCUUGGGGAUUUUGGUUGUGUUUGGUAUAAAGGUGUUCGAAUAUGUGGAUGGAGCGGAAUAUAUAAUCACGGUACAUUUAUGCGAAAUGCGGCUGCAAUGGAGAAGAUACCUUUUGAUCGUGGAACAAUACGCAGUGUUUAUCAUCAAAAGUUACCAAAUUUCAUAAAGAUGUACCUCAUGAAGGAAAGUGAUCGAGAAAUUGAUAUUUGUUUAAGUCACGAUUGGCCCGUUGGGAUUGAAAAGUAUGGGAAUGAACGGUUUCUUGUACAGAAGAAGCCGUUUUUCAAAAGGGAUAUUGCAAUGGGACAAUUGGGUAGUCCUUUAAAUAAGAUUCUAUUGCACCAUCUAAAGCCAAGGUAUUGGUUUAGUGCCCAUUUGCAUGUACGGUUUGAUGCAGUAGUUAGUAGUGAUGGCAGCAAUCUGAGAAAUGGUAAAUCCAAGCUCAAAAGGAAAAAGGUUAAGAACAAGAAUGAAAUUGAGCUUGAUAUGGAUAAGCUUGAGUCGUCAGGAUCAGAGUUGGAGCCAAAGCUAGGGUCAGGAUCAGAGUUGGAGCCAAAGCUAGGGUCAGGAUCAGAGUUGGAACCAAAGCUAGGGUCAGGAUCAGAGUUGGAACCAAAGCUAAGGUCAGGAUCAGAGUUGGAACCAAAGCUAAGGUCAGGAUCACAGUUGGAACCAAAGCCAGGGUCAGGAUCACAGUUGGAACCAAAGCUAGGGUCAGGAUCAGAGUUCGGUUCAGAGUCCGGUUCAGAGUCCGAGUCAGAUCUUACAAAACAGAUGGAAGCUAACAAAAAGCCAAAGUUGAAUGCCAAUACUAGAUCUCAUCAAGAGACUAUAUUUCUAGCCUUGGAUAAAUGCGGACACAAAAGACAAUUUUGGAAAAUGAUGCAAAUUCAAGCUUCUUCAAAUGAUAAUUUUGAUGAUGAGUCGCAUUCAAAGGGUCAACUUGUUUACGAUAAGCGCGCUAUUGCGAUCAACAAAAUUGUUGAUCAAUUAAUAAACAGUAACAAGCUUAACUUUAAACCUAGAGAAAUUUUGCAAAAUCCUAGUUUGAUUAGUGAGAAUCAUUUGUUGAUGGAAGGGAUCGAAGCUGAAGUAGAGGAACUUAUGAAGUUGAACAAAGAUGAAUUUAUAGUACCUGACAAUUUCGAAAUGGUGGCUCCGCCUAAUGCCCAUAAAAAGUUGAAAUAUUAUCCUAAUGAUCAAACAACUGCAUACUGUGAAAAAUUUAAUGUUCCAAAAGUCCAACUAUGA